AUGCUUCCUUCCCCGCCAGGCUUCGUUCUCCGUCUCCUCUUAACGCUGGCCUUGGGCCAGACGUUCCAAUUGCAGGAAUAUCUCCUUCAGUUUCUGGAUUUAGGUAAGGUGCCCUCUCCCCAGAAGUUACAGCCUGUGCCUUAUUUCUUGAAGAAAAUGUUUCAGGAUCAAGAGAAAGCAGCCAUCCUUGGGGCCCCCCAAGACUUAUGCUACGUAAAGGAACUGGGUGUCCGUGGGAAUGUCCUCCGACUUUUCCCCGAUCAAGGUUUCUUCUUAUACUCGAAAUCUUCCCAAGUCUCGUGCCUGCAGAAGCUCCUUUAUUUUAACCUGUCUGCCAUCCAAGAGAAGGAACAGCUAACAGUGGCCCGGCUGGGCCUGGACUUGGGGCCCAACACUUACUACAACCUGCACCCUGAGUUGGAGUUGGCGCUGUGCCUGGUUGGGGAUCCUCAUGUGUGGGGCCCAUCCACCCCGAGGUCAGGUAGAGUGUUAAUCUUGCAGUCCGUGCCAUGGCCUCAAGGCACUCUUCACUUCAACCUGCUGAGUGUGCUAAAGGAUCGCAAGAACAGCUCCCUGAAGAACUUAGGUUUGUUCCUCGAGAUACUGGUUAAAGGAAGCGGAGACUCACAGUGGAAUUUUCAGCAUGAGGUCACCUGUUCUAGACUGAGAGCUUCCCUGAGUGCUUCCUUGCUGGUAGUGACCCUAAACCCUGAGCAGUGUCACCCUGCUCUACGAAAAAAGAGAGCAGCUCUCCCUGCCCCUCAGGCUUCCUGUAAGAAUCUCUGCCAUCGUCACCAGCUGUUCAUCAACUUCCAGGACCUGGGCUGGGACAAGUGGAUCAUCGCCCCCAAGGGCUUCAUGGCAAAUUACUGUCACGGAAACUGUCCUUUCUCACUGACCACCUCCCUCAACAGCUCCAAUUACGCUUUCAUGCAAGCACUGAUGCAUGCCGUGGACCCGGACAUCCCCCAGGCCGUCUGUAUCCCCACCAGGCUGUCCCCCAUUUCCAUGCUUUAUCAGGACAAUGAUGACAACGUCAUUCUACGACAUUAUGAAAACAUGGUGGUGGAUGAAUGCGGCUGUGGGUAG